AUGCUCGCCUUCACUGUCAGCUUUAUCGCUGCGUGGGCGACGGUCCGUGCGGCUCCAGCCACGAAGUCGUCUCCGACUGCAACAGUUCGCAACGGUACUUAUGUUGGAGUGUAUAGCAGUACUUAUGAUCAGGACUUCUUCUUGGGCAUGCCCUAUGCUCAACAGCCUGUGGGGAAUCUGCGCUUCACCGUACCGCAGCCAUUGAACGAGAGUUGGGAUAGGACCCGCGAUGCGAAAGCCUACUCUGAUAUUUGUGUUGGAUAUGGCACGGACUCUAUUUGGUAUCCCCAAUCAGAAGCCUGUUUGACUAUCAACGUAAUCCGAGGCUCGUCGGCCGACGAACACUCGAAACUCCCUGUAGGAGUUUGGAUUCACGGCGGUGGCUUUUACGAGGGAUCAGGGGCAGACGAGCGCUAUAACAUGUCAGUAAUUGUAGAAAAUUCUUACAACAUCGGAAAACCAUUCAUCGCCGUCACUCUCAACUACAGGCUUUCUGCUUGGGGAUUCAUCAGCUCGAGCGAGGUCUGGGGCAGCGGAAACACGAACCUUGGGUUGAGAGACCAGAGACUGGCGCUCCAGUGGGUUCAGGAGAACAUCGCUGUGUUUGGCGGAGAUCCCGAGAAAGUCACUAUUUGGGGUGAAUCAGCCGGUGCAAUGUCCGUAGGCUACCACCUAACAGCGUAUGGUGGCCGAGACGACAAAUUAUUCAGAGCUGCGAUCAUGGAGUCCGGAGGUUCUAUUAGCGCAAGUCCUUCCAACUACACGGCAUUUCAGUCCAGAUAUGAUACUUUGGUUUCUAAAGUGAAUUGCAAUAAUGCGGUCGAUUCGCUCCAAUGCCUCCGUGAAGUGCCGUUUGAGAAACUCAAUUCUGUUCUGAAUGGAACUGAUGGUUCAUCUGAGUAUAAUUUCUCACCGGUUCUUGAUGGUGAUUUGGUUCAGAACUGGGGAAGUAUCCAGCUGAACAAUCACGAAUUCGUCAAGGUGCCGAUCAUCGCGGGGACUAAUACCGACGAGGGAACUGCAUUUGGACCGACGGGAAUUAAUACCACUGAGCAGUGGUACGACUACCUUACUGAUGGGGGGUUUGAUUUCCAAACUCCACCAUCCGUGGCCAAGGAGAUCCUCAAACUCUACCCAGAUGAUCCAUCUCAGGGCAUCCCAGAAUCCUUGGGAGACAAGAGAGUUCCCUCAAUGGGCUACGAAUGGCGACGUACAAGCUCUUUUGCGGGCGAUUUUACAAUGCACGCAAAUCGUCGACGACAGUGCGAAGCCUGGACUGAAACUUCCACACCCGCAUACUGCUACCGAUUCAACGUGCACUCUGCCGACGUGCCGCCUACCGUGGGCGCGACCCAUUUUGAAGAAGUGGCUUUCGUCUUCCACAAUAUCGCAGGGCAGGGCUACCACUACGGAAAACCAUUUGCUGGGGUACCGCAAUCUUACAUUGACCUGAGCUCGAUGAUGACCAGCAUGUGGGCUUCGUUUAUUCAUGAUCUAGAUCCCAAUUCCGGCGUGGUGAACAAGUCUGUUCAUUGGGAUGCUUACGAGAAAAACAAGUCGGUCGAUCUGUUCUUGGAUGCGAAUACAACCAGUCAUAUGGAGGCGGAUACCUGGCGCAACGAGGGGAUUGACUAUAUCAACUCGGUAGCCCGAGCAUUCUGGAGAUAA